AUGAAAGUAAGUUGCCUAUUGAGGUACAUUUUGAUCUUUGCGCACACAAAUGAUUACCUUCUUGUCAUUUAUUUUGAACGCAUAUUUGUUUUACAUUGUCCGCUUCUUCAUACAGCAUAACUCUAAUUUUAACUGUUUCAGGGUGUGAGGACUAUUGCAGCUUAUGCACUUGUUCUUUUAUUUCUGGCAACGCUCGUCUCCCAUUCGUUGAGCGCACCGAAGGGCAGUUUCCAGAGGAGAAAUUGGUCGCCUCAGGCAAUGCUGUACCUCAAGGGCACCCGUAUGUCUACUUUAUUAGCCUAAUCAUACUUUGCAUUCCUUUGACACACCUUUUAAAUGUAUUUCUGCAUUUAUGUCCCCCACAGAGAGUAAUUGGAAAUAAUAUGCAUUUAUUAGCUGUUUUUGUGGCACAACUAUAAUUAUCAUUAAUGUAAAGAGAUUGACAUUAUAAUUUAAAUCUGAAGUUGUCCAAUGAUUUCCUUAUUAUGUAUGUUUAUUCAUGAAUGCAACUAAAAUAUAUUGUAUUUCAUAACUGUGUAUGACUGUGGGUAUGUUGUUAUUACAGAGGGACGGCGGUUUAUCAGCGAGGACAGAAAAGAGGGAGAUGUAUAUGACACAUUACAUUUAGGUAAAUACAAUACACUUGUAUUUGGCAGUAUGUACACAUUCUUCUUUUGUAUGGCUCUUCUACUGUAUGGCUCUGUAAAGUAGUGCACUGUAUGGGGAAUAUGGUGAUUUGAGAUUUUACCAUCAUCUUUUACUUUUACCUAUCAUUACUCUGUAUGACAUCCUCUUUUCAGAGACUCGCAGUCAGAACACAGAGAAACUCACUGUGAACCAGGCAGCCACAGUCCUGCUCAACUUCCUGCAGCAAGCCAAGGAGGACGGUGAGUUGGGUCAUAUUGGAACCUACAGUACUGGUUAAGGAUACAACCAAGCUAGCUUGGAAACCCACCUCAAUAGGCACCAAUUCAGGCAUUGGGUUCCCCCAACUACAUCCAAGCUAUAGGUUUGAAAUGGCCAUAAAGUUAAUUGCACUGUUAUAUUUUUUCAUUUCAGGAGAAGAAAAUCCUGAACAACUGUACUUUCAAGACUUGCCAGCAUGGAAAAGAGAGUACUUCUGA